AUGAACAGAUUCAUAAGGAAAGACCUUCUGGGCUAUGGGACGUAUUCAAUGGUGUACGAGGGAUAUGAUAUAGUAAACAAUGCAAAAGUAGCUCUGAAGAUAAUAAAGCUAACAGAGGAAGAAGGAAUGCCCAACACAGCGCUCAGAGAGAUAUCGAUAAUGAAGAGUCUCUUCCACAGAAAUGUCCUGAAUAUUCUCGAUGUGCUUCACACGGAGAUGGAACUGACGAUAGUGCUUUCGUACAUCGACACAGAUCUGAAGAAACUUCUCACAGGAGGAAAAGAAAUAGAUAGAAGAUCACUGAUAAAACAGCUGGUGGAAGGUGUUGCAUACUUGCACAGUAAACAGAUCGUCCACAGAGACCUAAAGCCGCAGAACAUUCUAGUAGAUGCAGAGGGGUGUUUGAAGAUCGCAGACUUUGGGCUUGCCCGGAGUUUCGAGAUCAAAAUGCCGUCUUACUCUUCUGAAGUGGUGACUUUGUGGUACAGAUCGCCAGAGCUCCUCAAAGGAACAAAGGUGUACGGGUUCUCCAUAGACAUAUGGAGUGUUGGUUGCAUCAUCAGCGAGAUACUCACAGGCUCUCCUCUGUUCCCAGGAAGCGACAAACAAGAUCAGCUGGUGAACAUUUCGAAGUAUCUACUGCUGCAGGGAACGAACCAAAUGGAGUAUCUCCUGAAGAAGCAUGCACACUCUGAUCCGUCGUUUGUUGGGCUUAUCUUCGAGUGCUUAAAAGAAGCUGAAGAUGAAAGAAUUACAGCGCAAGAGGCCCUGGAGUAUUUGAAUAGACUUGAAUAA